GCCGCGCAUCCGCUUCCAGGUCCGCCCGCGGCAGCCGCCGCCGUACGCGUGCUGCGCGCCUCUCCGCGCCGGUGGGAAGCGGGAGGUGCGCGGUGCGCGUGUACCGCAGCCACCGGCCGUUCUCCCCGGCCGGCUCCCGCCGCCCGCCAGGCCGCUUGGAGGUGGACCCGCACCGGGCCGCGGUGGCGGCGCUGCCUCCGCACCCGAGGCUCCGCGGCCCUGAGGGGCUGCGCGGCCUUCCCUGGCCCGGGCUGGGGUCUCGGUGGGAGCGUGGCGAGCCCGGCCCUCAGCCCCGCCGUCCGCGGGCGGCUGAGAUACACAUUACUGUUCUGUUAAACUGAACCAUGAGUCUUGCAUUACAUGAUCUGCUCAUUUGUUGUCGUCGCCUUGAAAAUGAAAAAGCUGUGGAGCGAAGGAAGGAAAUUGAAAAUUUCAAGCGACUUCUCCGUGAUUCUGAAACAGUUCUCCAGCUGGAUCGGAAUUCUGAUUCUAAACAAGGAAAGCAACUCAACUGGGAUGCUGUAUUUAGCGUCUUGCAGAAGUAUUUCCAGAAAGAAAUGAAAAACCUGCAGCUGACGAAACCAAAUGCAUCUGCUUCAACCCAAACUACCAGACAGAAAAAGAUGCAAGAAGUUGGAAGUUUGGUCAAAUUUUUCAUCAGAUGUGCUAAUAAAAGAGGACCCAGACUGAAAUGUCAGGAACUUCUGAUUUACGUCAUGGAAAUUAUAAGAGAUCCAACGAGUUGUGCUGCUUAUGGAUCUGACUGUAGUAGUAUACUCCUAAAAGAUAUCCUUUCAGUAAGGAAAUACUGGUGUGAGAUAUCCCAACAGCAGUGGUCAGAGUUACUGAUUUUGUAUGGCCAAUUGUACCUCAAACCUUCUGGGAAGAUCAAUAGAGUCUUGGUGGCUAGGAUAAUUCACACACUUACGAGAGGGUACUGCUUCCAAAGUGAUGGUUUGAAUUCUGAUAUGUUUAUCUUCUUUUCAAAAGUAAUGCAGUGUGCAAGGCAGGAGAAGAAUACUGCAGGCCUGGAUCAUAUUGUUGGAGCAAUGAAUAUCUUCUGCAAUAAGUUUGCUGUCAACUGUCGCAUACGGAUUUGUAAAGUAGGCGAAGAAAUUUUGCCUACAGUGCUUUAUAUAUGGACUCAAUAUAGACCAAACGAUUCCCUGAAGGAAUCAAUAAUUGAGUUAUUUCAUCUCCAAGUUCGUAUUCAUCAUCCAAAGGGUGCAAAAACUCAGGGAAAAGGUGCCUAUGACUCAACAAAAUGGCAAACUAUCUUACAUAACUUGUAUGAUUUGCUGGUGAAUGAAAUAAAUCUCAUCAGUAGUAGAGGAAAGUAUUCUUCAGGCUCACGUAAUAUUGCUGUAAAAGAGAAUUUGAUUGAGUUAAUGGCUGAUAUUUGUCAUCAGGUUUUUACAGAGGAUACCAAAGUUCUGGAAAUUACUCAGUCAUACACUGUUUCACAAAGAGAAUCCAGUGAGGAAACAGUCCCAAGCAAGCGCAGGAAGAUUGAAUUAGGCUGGGAGGUAAUUCGAGACAACCUUCAAAGAUCCCAGAAGGAUUUUGAUGUCAUACCUUGGUUACAGAUUACAGCUCAAUUAAUAUCGAAGUAUCCCAUGAGUCUUCCUAACAGUGAGCUACCUCCCUUGCUCAAUGUACUUCACCAGUUACUGCCUCAGCAGCGCCGAGGAGAAAGGACCCCAUACGUGCUGAAGUGUCUUAGAGAGGUAGCUCUGUGUCAAAACCAGAAAACUGAUUUGAAAAGCACCCACAAGUUGGAGCUCCAGAGAACUUGGGCAAAGAUUUGGUCUCUUACCGUUCGUAGCAUAAGUUUCCAGCAAAUUGAAGUGGAGAACUUUGGGCUACUUGGAGCUAUGAUUCAAGGAAACCUUGUUGUAACAGAUAAAGAACUCUGGAAGAUAUUUUCAGGACCUGCAUGCAAACCUUCAAGUUCUGCUGUGUGUUGUUUGUCAUUAGUGAUGUCUGCCUAUUCAGUGCCAGAAAAUUUGGAUGUAGGAAUGGAACAGAACAAUUGUGAAAGAAAUCUGGAUUCUGUGUUAAAGGAGGCAAUAAUGAAAUGGCUACUGUCCUGCUAUUUGGAAGAAGAAAUGGAAGAAUGUGUAGAGUUGCCUUCUGUGCUUUGCAGUGAUUUUCCUCAUCUUAUAUUGCAAAAAAUUCUUGUGAGCCUUACAAUGAAGAACUGUAGAGCUGCCAUGAUUUUUUUCCAAAAUGAUGCUAAAUGUGUGCAACACUUGCAAGGGAAAGAAGAAAACCGUUUUUCUGAUGUUGAAGAGCUGUAUUUGCAGACAACGUUUGAUGAAAUGGAUAUGUUCACUGACUUUGCAGUAAAUGUUGCAGAUAUAAAUGUGACUAGUUCAAGACUUGCCAUCAACCAAAAUCUUAGGGAAGCACUGGAGUACUGUCUUUCAGCAAUGUCAGAAAAGCUUUUAAGCAACUAUGCUCCUAAGUUUAAGGUUGUUGCUGCAGAACACCUUGUUCGAUGUGUCAGUCUCUUGAUUGGCGUUCUUGGUUGCUAUUGCUACAGUGGUAUAUUUAAAGAAGAGGAUGCCUGUAAAUCAGAGUUGUUCCAGAAUGCUAGGUCUCUCAUUCAUUAUGCUGGAGAAAGCAUUUCUCAGUGUAAAAACAAACUAAAUGAAGAUGCCCAGGUCAACUCACUGAGGACUUUGAUAAUGCAGUGUACGAAAUGUUUAUGCAAUUGUACCAAGAACAGUGCUAGUAAAAUGCUGUCUAACAUAUUCCUGCGUUUGUUAACAUCAAAAUUUAUGAAUGAUCUCGUAGAUAUUUGCAAAAAUCUGAUGACAUUUACUGGAAAACCUAGUGAACUGGGAGAAGUGGAUCUAGUGAGGAAUGAUCCUGAGGAGAGUAUAGUGGAAGUAGAUAACCAGGUAUCUGAUGAUCUAUUUGAUGAUCAUUCAGUGACUGACAUCAGUGAUACAAAUGAAUCUGUUGAGAUGCAAAAUGUAACAGGUGCUUUGAGCCCAUUAGCUGAAGAACAGUUGACUAAGCAGGAUUUACUUCUCCUUGAAAUUCUGAGGUUCUUGUGUAUUUGUGUAACUACAGUCCAAAUUCAGACAGUGAGCUUCCGAGCCUCUGAUAUACGGAGGAAGCUGUUAAUGCUUACUGAUGGCAGUGUCUUUGAUAGUGCUAAGCCACUGCAUCUGCACAUGUACUUGGUCCUUUUGAAGGAGCUCCCUACUGAAGAACACCUCUUGCCUGAAGAUGAUGUUCUUAUGCUUCUUAGGCCCCUUUCUUCUGUGUGUUCUUUGUACCGUCGAGAUCAAGAAGUUUGUAAAGUAAUUCUAAAUAAUUUGCUUCCUACAGCAGUAGUGUUGGCCCAGUCCAACACACAUGCUGAAGAGACAGGACAUGCCCAAGGACAAUUUUUGACAGUUGUUGGAGCCUUUUGGCAUUUAGCUCAAGGAGGGAAAUGCACAGCACCGGUGAGAGUGGCCCUUUUAAACUGCAUGAAAGCUCUGCUUGAGGCUGAUCCUCAUUGCAAGUGGGCGAUCCUUAAUGUGAUAAAUGAAGAUUUACCUGUGAGUGAUGCUUUCCCACAUUUUCUCGCAGAUAGUCACCAUCAAGUUCGCAUUCUUGCUGCAAAGUCAAUUACCAGUUUGUUUCAAGAUGUGAAACAGAGAGAUUCUUCUGGAAUGUCAAAACCUCUUCCAUUGAAGCUCCAGCAGAAGGCUUUUGAGAAUGCAUAUCUCAAAGUUCAGGAAGGAAUGAGAAAUCUGGUCAGGGAUGAUGCAAGUCCUGAAGAUCUUUUGGACAAACAGUGUAAUGGAAAAGCGGUUUUACUGAUGCUUAUAACCAUGGUUCUGUGCUGCAGUCCAGUCUGUGAAAAGCAAGCUUUGUUUGCUAUUUGCCAGUCUGUGAAAGAGAACGGAUUAGAACCUCACCUUGUGAAAAAGGUUUUGAAAAAAGUGUCUGACAUUUUCGGCUAUAAAAGUAUAGAAGACUUUAUGACGUCACAUUUAGACUAUUUGGUGAUGGAGUGGCUGAAAAUAAGCGACAGUGGAUAUAGCCUGUCUGCUUUUCCUUAUGUUCUUCUGAACUAUACUAACCUUGAGGAAUUCUACAUGUCUUGUUAUAAAGUUUUGGUUCCACACCUGGUGAUUAGAAGUCAAUUCGAAGAUGUGAAAUCACUUGCCAACAAGAUUGAAAAAGACUGGAGGCAGGUUCUAGCAGACUGUUUUCCAAAGAUACUUGUGAAUAUCCUCCCGUAUUUUGCCUGUCAAAACCAUGGAAAGGAUGAAGUGGCAGACCAAAGAGAUACUGCUUCUAAAGUCUAUGACAUGCUUAAGGAUGAAAACUGCUUAGGAAAACAGCAAAUUGACAGUUUAUCUCAUAAUAACUUACCAGAGAUUGUGGUUGAACUGUUGAUGACCUUACAUGAACCACGUGAUACUAUGCUGGAAGAUGGAGCUCAUCUAGGUAAAUAUAUAAGGGAACUGGAUCCUGCUCCUAAUCCUCCUCAUUUUCCAUCUUAUGUCAUUAAGGCAACCUUGGACUAUAUUAGCAACUGUCAUAAAAGCAAAUUAAAAAGUCUUGUAGCAGUUCUUUCUAAAAGCCCUGAUUCAUUCCAGAAAAUCCUUCUAGCCCUUUGUAAGCAUGCGUCAGAUACAAACAACAUUUAUAAGAAACACAGAGUUCUUAUAAUUUAUCACUUGUUUGUUAGUCUGUUACUUAAAGAGAUAAAAGAUGGUUUAGGAGGAGCAUGGGCUUUUGUCCUCCGAGAUGUAAUUUACACCCUGAUUCACCACAUCAAUAGCAGACCUGUUGUUAUCAGAGAAAUAUCCAUGCGCAGCUUUUCACUCUGUUGUGAUCUUCUUCAUCAUGUUUGCCACACAGCAGUUACAUGUUGCAAGGAUGCUCUAGAGAGCCACCUUCAUGUUAUUGUAGGAACCCUCAUACCUCUUGCCAUGGACCAGCCUGAGAUUCAGGAACAGGUCCUAGGCUUGUUGAAGUAUCUGGUGAUAGAUAAUAAGAAUAGUGAAAAUCUCUACCAAGCAAUCAAAUGCUUAGAUCCUUUUCCUGAAUAUCCUGCUUUUAAAGAUUUGCGAGCAACUCAACAGGAAAUAAAAUACAGUAAAGGACCAUAUGCUCUUUUGGAGGAAAUUAAUCACUUUCUCUCAGUUGGUGUUUGUGAUUCACUGCCCUUAACACGACUUGAAGGACUGUAUUAUUUACGCAAACAGUUGGAACAAUAUAAAGACCAGAUGAAAGAUCUGCUGAAAAAUUUCCAGGAAAAGCCAGAAGAUUCUGUAGUAGUGAAAUUGGUGGUGAGCUUACUGCAGCUGUCCAAGAUGGCAGUUAACCAUACAGGUGAAAAAGCAGUGCUGGAGGCUGUUGGAAGUUGCUUGGGAGAAAUUGGUCCCAUGGAUUUCUCCACCAUAGCUCUUCAGCGUGCUGAAAAUGCACUGGAUUCUAAAGCAGUGGACUUACUUGAAGAUAGAAAACUUCAAUGGGUCUUCAUAAUGUUAACUCAAAUAAAUACUGCUUUAACAGAUAAUUGUAUUGAUGUUAGAGCUGCUGCUGUUUCCUGUUUGAAAAACAUAUUAGCUACCAAGUCUGGCAGUGAAUUUUGGGAAGUUUAUAAAAAUAAAGCUGAUCCCAUGUUAAUCUAUCUACAGCCUUUUCGAAUGUCUAGGAAAAAGUUUUUUGUAGUACCUGCUAAUGAUACAGAGGCUCCUUUAGAAACUUUGGAUGACACAAACCUGUGGAUUCCUCUGGGAGAAAGUCAUGAGACCUGGAUCAAGCGCUUAACUAGUUCAAUACUGGACACUGGAGGUGUGCAAAAUGAAGUUCUCCAGUUAAUGAAGCCGCUAUGUGAGGUGAAAACAGAUUUGUGUCAAACUUUGCUUCCAUACCUGAUUCAUGAUAUCCUUCUUCAUGACUCAGAUGAAUCUUGGAGAAAUCUUUUGUCGGUUCAUAUCCAGAAGUUUUUUACAGCCUGUUGCAGAUUUGUCUCAUCUAGUAGAACUUCUACACCUCCAAAUUCUGAUUCAGAGCAAGAAACCCAUAAUUUUAGAAGUUUGGAUAAAGUAUCUCGACGAGCCAUGCUUGCUGUUGUUGAUUACCUAAGAAGACAAAAGAGAUCUGUUUCAGGUACAGUUUUUGAUGACAGCUUCUGGCUGGAUCUGAAUUAUCUUGAGGUUGCUAUAGCAGCACAGUCUUGUGCUGCUCACUUCACAGCCUUGCUCUAUGCAGAAAUCUACGCAGACAAGACAAAUAUAGACAAACAGCAAGAAAGGUCAUCUUUUAAAGCAGCUAAGAGCUUGACAUUUGAAGAAGAAAGUCAAAGAACAACUAUUACUAUUUUGAAUGAAAAAAGUAAAGAAGAAAGUGGCAUAAGUUUACAGGACCUUCUCAUGGAGAUAUAUAGAAGCAUUGGAGAACCUGACAGUCUCUAUGGCUGUGGUGGAGGAAGAAUGUUACAGCCAUUAGCACGGAUAAGAACGUAUGAGCAUGAAGCAGUAUGGGAGAAAGCCCUUGUAACAUAUGACCUUGAGGCAAGCCUCUCUCCAUCUACUUGCCAGGCAGGAAUAAUAGAGGCUCUGCAGAAUUUUGGGCUUUGCCACACUCUUUCCAUGUACUUAAAAGGACUGGAACAUGAAAACACUGAGUGGUGUGUGGAACUACAGGAAAUACGCUACCAGGCAGCAUGGAGGAAUAUGCAGUGGGGCCACAUCUCUUCUGUCAAGGAUAAGACAGAAAGACCAGGGUACCAUGAAUCACUGUAUGAUGCUCUUCAGUCUUUACGAGAUAAGGAGUUCUCGGCUUUCCAUGACAGUCUUAAAGAUGCCAGAGUGAAUGAAGUAGAAGAGCUGUGCAAAGGCAGUCUUGAGUCUGUUUAUUCAUUAUAUCCAACUCUUUGCAGACUACAGCUAAUUGGAGAGUUGGAAAACAUAGGUUUGAUGUUCUCCAGAUCUGUCACUACUCAACAACUGGAUGAUAUUUAUUUGAAAUGGCAGAGACAGUCCCAACUUCUCAAGGACAGUGACUUCUGUUUCCAGGAACCUAUCAUGGCUCUGCGCACUGUAAUUUUGGAGAUCUUGCUUGAAAAGGAGAAUGAAAAUACCAAAAGAGAAUGUAUUAAAGACAUCCUGACCAAACAUCUAGUGGAGCUCUCUAGGUUGGCAAGAACUGCUAAAAAUACACAGCUUCCAGAAAGAGCUAUGUUUCAGAUCAAACAACACAAUCCAGCAGGAUGUGGAGUUUCUGAAUGGCAACUAGAAGAAGCUCAGGUUUUCUGGGCUAAAAAGGAAGAGAGCCUUGCACUGAAUAUUCUUAAAAAGAUGAUAAAAAAAUUAGAUGCAGAUUGGUUUCAGGUUGAGAAUGAUCCUCAUCUGAAAUUGAUGUAUACAGAGUGUCUGAGGCUAUGUGGAACCUGGUUAGCAGAAACAUGCUUGGAAAACCCUACAGUCAUCAUGCAGAAAUACUUAGAAAAGGCUGUGGAAAUUGCUGCAAGCCACAGUGGAGACAGCAGUGAUGAGCUGAAGAAAGGAAAGAUGAAGGCUUUCCUGUCUUUGGCUCGUUUCUCAGAUAAUCAGUACCAGCAAAUUGAGAAUUAUAUGAAAUCUUCAGAGUUUGAAAAUAAGCAGGCAUUACUGAAGAAGGCCAAAGAGGAGGUCGGUCUUCUCAGGGAGCGUAGAGUUCAGACAAAUAGAUACACAGUGAAGGUUCAGCGAGAACUUGAACUGGAUGAAUGUGCCAUACAUGCCCUAACUGAGGAUCGUAAACGUUUUUUAUGUAAAGCAGUGGAGAAUUAUAUCAACUGUUUACUAAGUGGAGAAGAACAUGAUAUGUGGAUCUUCCGACUCUGUUCCCUGUGGCUUGAAAAUUCUGGAGUCAGUAGAGUUAAUGAAAUGAUGAAGAAAAAUGCAGGGAAGAUCCCUUCAUACAAGUUUUUGCCUCUGAUGUACCAGCUGGCUGCUCGGAUGGGAACCAAGAUGAUGGGUGGUUUAGGAUUUCAUGAAGUUCUGCAUAAUCUAAUGUCUAGAAUUUCACUGGAUCAUCCACAUCAUACUUUGUUUAUAAUCUUAGCCUUGGCAAAUGCUAACAAAGAUGAACUCCUCACAAAACCAGAUGCAAUAAGAAGAAAUAAGUUAAUUAAAAAUGCCCCGAAAGAAAUCUCCCAGCUUGAUGUGGACAGAAUGGAGGCUGCUAGCAAUAUAAUCAAUAUCGUAAGAAAAAGGAGAGCUCUUAUGGUGAGAAAUGUUGAAGCGCUUUGUGAUGCCUACAUCACAUUAGCAAAUGUAGAUGCUACUCCAUGGAAAUCUCAAAGAAAAGGAAUAAGUAUUCCAGCUGACCAGCCAAUUACUAAACUGAAGAAUUUGGAGGAUGUCGUUGUUCCUACAAUGGAAAUUAAGGUGGAUCCCACGGGACGAUACGAAAAUUUGGUGACAAUAAGGUCUUUUAAGCCAGAAUUUCGCCUAGCAGGAGGCCUAAAUCUGCCUAAAAUAAUAGACUGUGUAGGAUCAGAUGGUAAAGAAAGGAGGCAGCUGGUUAAGGGGCGUGAUGACCUGAGACAAGAUGCUGUUAUGCAGCAGGUUUUCCAGAUGUGCAAUACAUUGCUCCAGCAAAACACUGAAACACGGAAGAGAAAAUUAACUAUCCGAAGGUACAAGGUGGUUCCCCUCUCUCAGAGGAGUGGUGUUCUUGAGUGGUGCUCAGGUACAACUCCCAUCGGGGAGUUUCUUGUGAAUGUUGAAGAAGGAGCUCACAAGAGAUACAGGCCAAAAGAUUAUUCCAGUUAUCAGUGUCAGAAAAUAAUGAUGGAUGCACAGAAGAAACAUUCUGAAGAGAAAUACAACAUCUUCAUGAAAGUCUGUGAGAACUUCCAGCCUGUGUUUCGUUAUUUCUGCAUGGAAAAGUUCCUGGAUCCAGCCGUGUGGUUUGAAAAACGAUUGGCAUACACUCGCAGUGUGGCUACCUCUUCUAUAGUUGGCUACAUUCUUGGACUUGGAGACAGACAUGUUCAGAAUAUCUUGAUAGAUGAACAAACGGCAGAACUAGUGCAUAUAGAUCUGGGGGUUGCUUUUGAGCAAGGUAAGAUCCUUCCCACACCAGAGACUGUUCCAUUUAGGCUAACCAGGGACAUUGUGGAUGGAAUGGGUAUUAGUGGAGUAGAAGGAGUCUUCAGAAGAUGCUGUGAGAAAACAAUGGCUGUUAUGAGAAAUUCUCAAGAAGCUUUGCUGACUAUUGUAGAGGUGCUGCUCUAUGAUCCUCUUUUUGACUGGACCAUGAACCCCUUGAAAGCUUUGUAUUUGCAGCAGAGACCGGAGGAUGAAGCUGACAUGAACUCUACACUCAAUUCUGAUCCACAAGAAUGUAAAAGAAAAAACAGCAGUGAUGACCAGAGUUUUAACAAAGUGGCUGAGCGUGUUCUGAUGAGACUUCAGGAGAAGCUGAAAGGUGUUGAGGAGGGAACAGUGCUCAGUGUGGGAGGGCAGGUGAACCUCCUCAUACAGCAGGCCAUGGACCCUAAAAAUCUGAGCCGGCUCUUUCCUGGAUGGAAACCCUGGGUGUGACUUGGGAGGAUCCAGCACAUUUUUAGAAGAAACCUAUUUUUUUUAUGCAGCAAGUGUCUUUAACAUUUCAUACUGGUAUUUCACAAUUAAAACUUCUAUCAGGAGCAAACAUGAAGGCUUAUGCAUCUUAGUAUUCGGUGGAUGUUUUGGGUUCCUUUUUCAAUAAUGUGUUACCAAGAAACCAUUUUUUGUCCAUUUAUGUUCACCAUACAGUAUAAAACACUAUCCAGUGCUUUGAUGUUCCUUGUGACCUGCAGGGACUUUGCUUGGGCGUUCUGGGUGCGUUACCUUCUUAAAGCCUGAGAUUCAUCACUUUUGUGUAUAUGUUAAACAGCUGGAGUCUUGUAUAUAAUAAUUCCACAUGGCAACAGGACCAUGUAGAAUGGAUGAUUAACAACCAGGAGUCAUGAAGUAACUAUCUAAAUUGCAUUUCAAAAUGGGGGGGUUAUACUUUAAAGAUAAUGCUACAGUGAAUAUAAAAGAAAACCAGAGAACCUCAGUUUUAAUGAACCGAGGGUUCUUGGGGUUGGUUUUUUUCAGCUUAGUUAAAUGGACAUUUCUUUAUAUAGAUAUGGACUUUGAGCCAAGUAUAAUAUGGCUGCUAUUUUUCCUGUUGUAAAUGAAAUUAUGUUGGUACUUCUUUUGAUAACAUUUCUGUAAUAGUAUAAACCAAUAGAAAUUAUUUAGUUUAUGUAGCUCAAACUUCCUUGAUAAAAUGGACUGGCUAUACAGUGAAGCUUAGCAUACCAGAUAUGCCUCUAAAGCAGAGUCAUUCUGUAUCUGGAAUAAACACCUGUUGGAAACACUGAAGUUUUAUUCUGAGCACAAAAAUCUCAUUCUGAUUGCCUGCAGUUUUACAGAAGACAUUUCUCCUUCUUAAGUAAAAAGACCUCCUAUAAUUGGAUAGUCAAUGAAUAUGGAUAAUAGAAUCCACUCAAAUAACAGUCUCACUGGUGUAUUUAACAAAUCUUCAUGAAUCAUCUUUAUAUUUAAAAAUGUGAAUAAAAUUUGGCAUACUCACAUUAUCUUACAGUUUAUGUAUUUUCACAGCAGUAUAAGUGAUGCAUUUCUGUUCUAAUUAGCAUUUCACUGAUUUUUAUUUGUACAGUUUUCCCUCAGUUUUUAUGCUCCAUCUUUGUUUUAUAAGUUAAUGUCAACAUGACAAGAUGAGUCUUUUGUAUCAAGUUUACAUGAAGCUGACAUAAAUUUCUGUUGCUCCUUGGAACCAAAAGCGCAUCCUGGCUUUUCUGUGGGGAAGAGCUCUCAUGCAGGGAUACCGUGAUUUGUUCUCUGAAAAUGAAACUUAACUGACAGAGCAUGCACUCUGUAUGAGAAAAGGGAGAGAAGUCCUACCAAACAAUUGCAGAAUGGCAGGCAGGAAAGGACAAAACAAAAAGCACUUAAGGAAUUUUUAUUUUUAAGCAGAGUCUUAAAAAUAUCUGGUAGUAUUUCUGGAAUUUUUUCUCAUGCUUCUUCUAGAGUAAGUUUAAGCAUUUAGACAUUUUGGGGGUUAUUUAAUACUAAAACUCUAGCUACUAUAUAGAUGAAUACUGCAUAAAAGCACUUGGCAGAUCCUGUCCUUUCUUUAUGAGUUACUGAUGCUCCACUUUAAAAGGAAUGUUUUUAUCAUGAUGGGCUGCAAUUUAGGUUUUUUACUUACAGCAGACAGUGAAACAUUAAUAUAAUUGUCUCAGCAAAGUCUAACUUCAGAGGAAAUAAUUAUCCCUCUGCAUUGUUCUUAACUUGGUGUUUAGUGCCUAGACUUUGAAUGUCCAUACAUUUUCAUUGUUCAGGCUGAAUGAAACACAGAUAAAAAUGCAUGUAAAUACUGUAAAUGUAAUUGAAACCUGCUUAGAUUAUUUGCAAGCUCCUGUAGCAGUGGAGCACCAGUUAGCUGACAAACAUAUGAAAACAGUUUGAAUUAUUAACAAACCUUAGUCUCCAAAACACUCAAAAUCAACGUGACACAGUCCUGUUACUAUGAGAUCUUAGUUCAACUAAUCUCACAUUCGUGAGAUAAUUGUCAUCCAUGCAAAGCCUCAUGUAGCCACAUGACAACCAUCAGAGACUGUGCUUUAUUUUGUGUUCCAGUAAUACCUUAAUUUUUAAAAGUCAAAAUUAGAAAGUGAAUGGUCUGCAAAAAUGUGUCAUCUGUAGUUACACACUUUCCUUCAAUAAGAAUAGAAAUGUUAAACCUGGAUGGAAAUGCUUUUUAAUUCUGAACAAUGGUUUUGUCACAAAUGCUACUACAGAUGGGAAGAUGGAAUAGUAUUUGGGAGCCUCAAAUAUAUUUUUUAUAGUAGUAAGCUAGAAAUAUGUGAGACAGGUCAAUUUUGCCUCUUUAACAUUAUUUUUUUUUCUUGGAAUGCAUUUUAGUAAUUUUAAACAUUUACAUUUAGAAAAUAUAAUUUCUAGGAAAAAUGAACCUGUGAUCUAGUAUAAUGGGGAAAAGUUUUUAAACAACAAAAUCUUUAUUUGAAAUUGUCUUUUUCUGGUGAAAUGUCUGUUAGACAAAUGUCCUCAGGAGUAUGGACUGUAAAAAAGUUAAGUGUUAGCAGGUAAUCCAAUCUGAACUACAGACCUUGACUGAACUUUUCUAUCAGCAAGGAACUCUGUCUCAUGAAUAGGGAUCAAGGCAUCACAGGCAGAUUAAACUGGCCGUCUGGUGAGGUGCAUCCAAUUUAAAUAAAACAAGGAUGUCAGUCUUCAUGAGUUUCAGAUUUGAAACCUGUUUUUCUUACAGAUAAAACCACCCGAAAGUAAUUUUUUUCAGUAUCUGUGAAUUAAUUAGGUUGCAGUUCUGUUACUAUGAAAGCCUUGAGUUUAUAAAAAGUAUUCACUAUCACUAAAUGUUUUCGAGUGCACUAAAAUGUUAGGCUUCAUAUUUUCAGGGGAUAAUGCACUCUAUUAUACGUGGUUAGUGAUUGUUUUCUUCAUUAAUACUGUUAUUCCAUACCUGCAGAAGUGGUAAUGCUUCAACAACAAAGGGUCAAUAAAGAUACCUUUGUAAACAGGUGAUUCCAAAAUCUUCCUGGGGAAUUUGGUUGUGUGAUUGGUAAGGGAUGACACUGUAUGGUUUUACUGCUACUUUCAUCCCUGUGAAUUUAAAACUAAAACAAGGCAGUCGAGUUUUCUUGUAGAACCUGUAGAUAGCCUGAAACAGCUCUUGGGGAGAGAUUACCUCAUACUAGUGCUUAAUGAUGACACAAAUAUUAGCAUUAAAUAGAUUUGUUCAUUUCAGCAGGUAGGCUGAAGAGUGAAACCACAGCGAGAAAGCUGGGAAGUGUGUAGGGGAGGGUUCAGGUUCUCUUCCCACCACAUUUCAAAGUCUUUACCUGUAUCCUAAUUAUAUGAGAAGACUAAUGUGUUGUUCACAUAAUGCAUGUGCCCAUCAUCUGUGCUGCAUGUUAACACUGUAAGUACACCUGUACCUCAGCUUUCAGAGCUGCACAGUGAAUAAUGUCAGCCAUAUUUCUAAGGGCACACACAGCUUCUGCUCUCCCUGCUCCCUCAUUCUUUCCUCCACAAAAAUGUGGUGCAAAGUGACUACACCCUUGCCUGCCCAGGAGAGUUCCCACUGUAGCCUCCAUAGCUGUUCCUCCCUCUACCCACUCCCAUUUUGCCAAACAACACACAACAUAAAACAGGCUUGAGCUUAGUGGCUUGCCUUGGUUGCUGAAUGCCACCUAUUCUGGAUGCGAAGCAAAAAGGAUUAUAGAAAAUGAAACUACCUAUAGAAGAUCCCCCUUUUGAAGGGACUUCUCUUCUUGGAUUGAGUUGUGCAGAAGUCCUACACUCUUAAAAAUUCCUCAGCCAUGUUGCACUGAGUCUCCCCUGCAGUUUCUAGGAUGAAGCAGUGUUGCAAUACGGGUGCUCUGUGGUGACUGCUGCUCGAAGGUUGGCUGUUAACUAGCAGAAUUUGAAGUAGUACUAUUUUUUUCUUCACAGACAGGUUUUUUCUGUAGUUGAAACGGAACUGAAACGGUGCUGGGCAUGCUCCUCAUACACUCACGCAUCAAGAAUGCAAGAAUAAGAGAAGGAAGGGGUGGAAGGAGAGAAGGAGAGAGGCACUCUGCAUGCUUUUCUAACUAUUGCAAAAUAAAGUUUUCAGAUCUCUAGUCCCAGGCCAUGUGCUGUUUGGCUGUGGCUCUGGAUUAUAAUGAAUCCUUAAUAGUUUCUUUGAUAAAAUCCUUAAUGCUAGUUACUGCUAAAUCACCUCGCUGUUCCCAGAGUACUGUUCUACCAGUGCAGGAAAAUCUUGCCAUAGAGAACACAGGAAUUUUUUAGUACCUUGAUCUGGUCACCCAAGGCCCCUGUUUUGCACCCCCACACACCAUGUUUGCCUUCAUAGAAGCAGAAGAAAUUGAGUUUCUGGACUGGCAAUUUUGUGUUCUGGGAAUUAAACAAGUGACAUAGCAGGAAUGAAGCCAUUUCCUAAAAUGUAGUUCUGCAUCACAGCUAGAAUUUGUUGUAUAGGAAGUUGGACAGCUAUCAUGAAUAUAAAGUUCUUCAGCCUGUGAUGCCUUGAUCAGCAUUAUGGAAUAGAUUUUUCUGGUGGGCAGGAUUAAUUUCUUAGCAUUUGGGAAAACUCCUUUAUGCUUUGUGAGAUGUCAGCACCUAAUGUGCCAAAAUGGCAGUUCCUUAAGUUGACUGAAGUCUAUACAGUUGUUGAUUUUGGUCCAUCAUUUAACAAGGGACAGUUAAGUAGUUUUUCCACAUCCAUUAUAUAAGCAUACAAAUAUUAUUGAAGUAUCUACUUAAAGUAUUUCCAUCUGAAAAAAAAAUAAAAUUAAUUCCACUUGGAAACUAAUCUUUUCGUUUCUCACUGGUCCCUCAUAUGAACGCACAGCAUUAUGCUUCCCACUUCUUAUUAAUGAUUAUAGUAUUUUUGUACAGUAUAUAACCUCAAUAAAGGAAGAGUAGAUUCUU